AUGAUUUAUAUUGAUGGAACUACUCUUGAUACUCUUGGGCGAAAAUCUGAGUAUCCUAUUUUCUUAACCCUUGGAAAUAUUCCAAAUUUACAUUGCAACUUACCUGAUGCAAAAGUUUUUAUCGGAUUUUUACCUCAUUUAACUACGCGAGAUAAUAAAUUGCGAAAUUCAAAGGAAUUUAAGCAGAAGCAACGGGAUUUGAAGCAUCGUGCUUUGAAAUAUUUAUUAGGUCCACUUCUUAAGGAGGAUGGUAUAUACUUAGCAGUAAAUGGAAAAGUUGAGCACUUUACCAUUUAUUUGUCUAGUAUAAUUGCAGAUAUGCUAGAAGCACAGGAUAUUUGUUGUACUUACAAGUCAUAUCGUACACGAUGUCCUUGCUAUAAAUGUCUUAUGCCCGGUGAUCAAUUAAAUAAUAUGAAUAUUAAACAGGAUAUGAUAGAUUUACGUAAUCAUGAAAACAUGCAAGAAGCUAUUGCUUCUCACAAUGCAGAAAAUUAUUCCAUUCACGAAUAUGAUAAUUUUUUCUGGAAUUUUAGAAUAAUGAACAUAUAUGAUGCAGCAGCACUAGAUCAUAUGCAUUUACAAGAAAUCGGAUUAUUUCCAUAUAUGCUUGAUUAUACAAGAGGUAUGCUCAUGCAUCAGUAUGGAAAACAAAUAAUCAGUAAAAUGGACAAUCGACUGGCUACUAUUACACGAUUUAAUAAUUUAAGAAUAUUAAAAAAAGGUUAUCAACAAGGUACAAAAUUUACGGGAGAUAGUAAUUUAUAUACUAUUGCUUCAUGUAAAAAUCUUAUUAUAUGUUACAUUAAAUUUAUUAAGAUGUAUAUUACGUCACGAAAAAAGAAAUUUAAUGAAGAUGAUUUAAAAAUCUUUGAACGUGAAAUAAUAGAUUGGUCUAAUGAUUUUGUAAAUAUAUUUGCGCAAUUCUCCUCUAGUGGACUUCAGUUACCAAAGCUUCAUAUGUGGAGAUAUCAUACUAUUCAUACCAUUCGGCGAUAUGGUGCAUUAAAUGGGCUGACAACUGAGACGUACAAAACGCUUCACAAAAAUUGGAUUAAAAAUCCAUAUAGAAUGUCUAAUAAAAAGAAUACACAUAAUCAAAUGUUAAAGACGAUUCGACGACAAAUAAUUACAAAUACCAUUACGAAAAAAACUAUAAGUUUGAAACUAAAUUCUAUGAAAUCACUCCUUUGGGAAUUGCCAAUAAGUGAAAUAUAUACUUUUCAAGAAAAGCUUAAGCAUGAAGAAAAUAUAAAUGAAUUGUGUAUUGAAGGAAUGGAACAUUUAAUUGCUUGUUUAGAUAUAUACUUAGAUGAUAUAUCUAAUGCAUCAGCAAAUGAAGAAAUUUAUUUGAAGAUUUAUGCUAACGGAACACUGUCAAAUGGAGAAAUCGUAUAUGCAACAAGUAAAUUUCAUGGUUACGCAAGAUUUAGUGACGUUGCAAUUGCAAUGGGUGAUACAGAUUACUUAACUGACGGUGGAUUAUGUUAUGGCAAGGCAAGUAUUAAUGUUAAUUGA